GAUGUCUGCACGACGACAGGCAUCGACGACCUCUCUGUCACGAUAUGCCCGAGCAGGCUCUCCGGACUUUGCCAACCGAUCUCUCGAUUUUUGCAAUGCUUUCUGGGGCCUGGGAGAUGGCGGGGUGGAAGUGUUGUUCGCGCGCAUGCGCGGAGCCAUGAGGACGAUGGAGGAGCUUAAGGGCUUUUGGAAGGAGAGAGCAGCGAUCGAGGAGCAGUAUGCGAAACGCCUCGCCAGUCUGGCGAAGAUUACGCUAGGAAGGGACGAGAUUGGCGAGUUGAGAGCGUCCCUCGAUACCCUCAAGCAGGAAACAGAGAAGCAGGCGCACUCGCACUUGCUAGUCGCCCAGGCUAUCCGAAACGACCUCGAGGGUUCCUCGACUGCGUUUGUUGGGCGGCAGCAGCAACAUAAGCGCAACGUUCAAGCCCAGAUCGAGAAGGAGUUCAAGAACAAGCAGACGCAGGAGGGAUACGUUUCGCGGGCGCGCGAGAAGUAUGAAGCGGACUGCGUGCGAAUCAACUCGUACACCGCUCAGAGCACACUCAUCCAAGGUCGUGACCUUGAAAAGGUCCACAUGAAACUCGAGCGUGCGCAGCAGACGGUCCAGGCCAACCAACGCGACUAUGCCAACUUUGCCCGCGCGCUCCAGGACACUAUGCAGAAAUGGGAGCACACAUGGAAGGCGUUUUGCGACAGCUGCCAGGACAUGGAGGAAGAACGGAUCGAAUUCAUGAAGGACAACAUGUGGGCAUACGCGAACGCUGUGUCCACCGUAUGCGUGUCUGACGACGAGUCCUGUGAGAAGCUUCGACUAGCGCUCGAGCAGCUCGAAGUUGAGAAGGACAUGGAGAACUUUGUCCGCGACUACGGGACCGGUAACGGGAUCCCGGACCCUCCUCCGUUCAUCGACUACGCCAGCCCCGACGCACAACCCGCCUCCCAGCAACGGCCUUCCAUGCGACCCGCAGACUUUGCCCGGCAGUCCCAGCGUCCCCGGCAGCCCAUGCAAGCCUCGCAGCAGCAGCCCGAGCCGGAAGAGGAGCCUGUCAAUAUGACUGGCGUGGGAGCUACCGGAGCGCCCCGCGCACCCGAACCGCAAGUGCAGCGCUCCCAAAAUCAGAGUAGGGCUAGCAACCGUGGGCCGGAGCAACAGAACGGCUUCUACCAGAACGGCACGAACGGUCGGGCCACCCCGGCGUCGAGCAUGGGCAUGCGCGAGCCUGACCCCCAGGCUGAUCCGAUUGACCCUACUGCGAGGACGAUGCUCAAGGUCGGCUCGAACGCGUACGAGGUGAACCUCGGCAGGGAUCCGCAGGCGCAUAGCGGCCCCCCUGACCCAGCAGCGACCGCUCGAGUUGGUCAGGAUGACGAUCCUUUGCGACGCCAGAUGGACGAGCUGAGGAACGCGACUUCGGCCGGGGGAGGCAGCGUGCGCCGGAGUGGGCAAUGGAAAGCCGCUCCACAGACGCAAUCUCCUCCGGGAGGGUCUGGCUCUUCACGCCCAGGAGUAUCAAACCUGUCGCCUCCUCCUGGCGGAUCUAGCGGUGGUGGCCCCCCGUCCCGCGAUACCUACCGCCAAUCGGCCGAGAUUGUCGUUGGCUCAUACCCCACGCAGGCGUUGGCGUCAUCACGCCCGUCUUCCCCCAACAUGCCGACUAACGUCCACAUGCGACCUCCGUCUACGAAUGGCGUUCCACCGUCACAGAGUGUGUCGGUACAGGACGUGCUCGCUGACUAUCAGCAGUCGUUCCCUGGCGAGCGCAAGUCGACCAGCAGGCGGAACAGCCACGCAGGCAGCAUUUCCGGGCAUGGCUCCAUCUCGAGCCAGCAAGGCAUCAUCCCCCACCAGCAAGGGUCGAGCAUACGCGAGCGUCCGCUCAGUUCGCAAGGCGGCCAAGCUGGUAUCGGCGCGCAGGGCAGGAGCACGAGCCCUCAACCAUUCGCGCCUUUGUCUCGCAGCACGAGCCCCGCGAUGCAGGGUAUGCCCCCCUCGAACCGCAAUAGCUACAACAGAGGACCUGCCCCGUCUGCUAACGGCUACGGGCAUGCGCACUCCGGGUCUACCUCCACGCGACAGGGCUCGAUCUCCAUCCCCAACUCCAACCCCCGCCAGGGCUCCAUCUCCAUCCCCCAACAGCCAGCGCAUCAGCAGCGUCCAACGAGCCCCGGUAUCGGCAUCGCACUAGAUCCCAACGGCCGGGUCACGACAGACGAGAUGGCGGUGAUGUACUCCCAGCCGCCCCCACAGCAGCAGCCGGGCCCGCAGUAUCGCGGGCCACCUCCCCAGCAGCCUCCUCCACAACAGCCACCCGUCCAACGGCGACCAAGUUACAACGCUGGACCGAACGGCGCCCCCUACGUUCCACCGCCUCAGGGUCAUCCCUAUGGCGCUGCCGCGCAGGCUCCUGUAUACAACGCUCCUCCACAGCAGCAGCCCCAGUACACCCCUCCUAUCCAGCAGCCGCAGCAACAGCCGAUGUACGGUGCUCCUCCACCCCAGCAGCAACAGCAGCAAAUGUUCCAGCCUCAGGGGUACGGCCAGCCCCCACCGCAGCAACAGCAGGGUGGCGGCGCGUUGGUGCGCGGUCAGUCUGUGAACGGGUACUACCAGCAGCCACCACCACCACAGCAGCAAGUCGUGCAGCAACGGGCGCCUUCGCCGCAGCCGCCGGCGAACCAGCCACCGCCUACUGGACAGUACACCGACGAUGGCCGCGGGGUGUUGUUCUACGUGAAGGCGAUGUACAACUACCGGGCGACCAUCGACGAAGAGUUCGACUUCCAGGAGGGAGACAUCAUCGCCGUCACCGCGACGCCCGAGGACGGCUGGUGGAGCGGCGAGCUCCUGGACGAGACGCGGCGGCAGCCCGGGAAGCACAUCUUCCCGAGCAACUUCGUCUGCCUGUUCUAGGCCGCGUUCGUCUCGCCUCCCCUCCACAUCUCCGUGCCCGAGAUCUGUCUGUCGUCGCCCCGCUUGGAUUGUAGACGCCGUGGAAGUGCGCGCGGCGUCGUCGCGCGCGCACCCUCUUCCUUCCGAUCAUCCUGUCACCUAAUUCCUCUCCUUCUCUUACCGGUCACUUUGGGCUUGGGCCUUGUUUGGCUACACCGUUGUUGUGCUCCCACCGCUCCCUCCCAUAUCCCCCUCCUCCCCAUGACAUUCCUUGGUUCCUCUGCAUAUGCUGCCAUCUGUCCCUUUCCACUCAUAGCCACGUCGAUCGAUGGAUUUACAUACCGCUAAGUUAUUGAUGUUCCUUGCUUU